AAAAAAAAAAAAAAAGAGAGAGAGAGAGAGAAGAAAAUAAAUGAAAAAUGAAAAUGUCGAGUUCCGUAAUUGCGUAUAGUUUCCGCCAUUUACCCCCUUUAAUAAUUAACAAUCACAACCACUGCUCUCUCAGGUUAUUCUCUCUACACCGUCAUCCACUCCGGCUGCCGUGCACCGUCAUAUCUUCACCGUAUUCCGCCGGGCUUCUCAAUUUCACGGGGAAUUCUUUCUUUCGUAAGAUGGAGCGAUUCUGGGCUGGGAAUAGCAUUAAUAAGAAUAAAGGCAUGGUGGAGCAUUUACAGCGUUAUGGAGUUAUACAGUCAAAGAAAGUAGCUGAAAUAAUGGAGACCAUUGACAGGGCAUUGUUUGUACCUGAUGGAUCCCCAGCCUAUGAAGACAGUCCCAUGCAAAUAGGUUAUAAUGCCACCAUCUCUGCCCCUCAUAUGCAUGCUACUUGCCUUCAGUUGUUGGAGAAAAAUUUACAGCCUGGGAUGCAUGCUUUGGAUGUUGGUUCAGGAACCGGGUACUUGACUGCAUGCUUUGCACUUAUGGUUGGGCCUCAGGGCCGUUCAAUCGGCAUAGAGCAUAUUCCGGAGUUAGUUGCAUUGUCAGUUAAGAAUGUCGAAAAAAGUGCAGCUUCCCAGCUACUCAAAGAUGGAUCUCUUGCCUUGCAUGUUGGCGAUGGCAGAGAAGGGUGGCCUGAGUUUGCACCUUAUGACGCAAUUCAUGUUGGAGCAGCAGCUCAGGAAAUUCCACAACCACUUAUCGAUCAAUUGAAGCCAGGAGGAAGGUUGGUAAUCCCGGUCGGGAACAUAUUUCAGGAGUUAAAAGUUGUCGACAAGAAUGAGGAUGGUUCUGUGACUGUGCGUAGCGAGACUUCUGUACGAUAUGUUCCCCUCACAAGUAGGGAAGCACAGUUGCGUGGUUACUGAGAGCACAUUGGUUAGCGCUGUCAAGUGUCAAAGGCUCAAUACCUUUACUCCUUUUCUGCACAUAAAAGCUCUUGGACAUUGUAAAGGUUCGCGUGUGUUUUCAGUUAAGUGUGUACUCCAAUAUGAAUGACCAAAAUAAGAAUACAUGAAAGGCAAAUAGAACUCUGUACUAGUGGUUCCUUUUUCUAGGUGUAAAUAUAUUUUGAAGUCAA